ACUGUAUGAUCCAAAUUCCAGCAAUGGAUCGCUCGGUAGAACUUCAAGUCUCUGCUGCUCGGAGCCAGCUGAAGGUGCGAUUUACUAUUUUGAAUGAAUUAAUGCAAUCUGUACUGAAUCUUCCGGUAGAUUAUGCAUUCGUUAGAUCGCUAUUUUUGAAGGAUUUGGAUUUGUAGCUGAAGCUAGAAAUGGAGGCGGAGACGCCUUCGAAAUCGAAAAUUUUUCAGAAUCUAGGUUUUCCGUACAUUCUUCGAUCGCGAAAAUCAAUCGCAAUCGUCGUUUUGAUCGUUUUGAGCUUAGGAGUUUGUGGAUAUUUGAUGUUUAAGCAUCAUUAUAGAAUGCCUGAGAAGAUCCACACGUAUUUCACAGUUGUGUUGGAUUGCGGAAGCACUGGUUCAAGAGUUAGUGUUUUCGAAUGGCUUAUAGGAAAUGGAAGCUCUGUCAAUGGCGGUUUACCUAUCAUGUUGCAUAGUUAUCCAGACAGGAAGAACAUAACCAGUGGUUGUGAGUACCACUGCCUGCAAACUGAGCCUGGUUUGCACAAUUUCGUCUAUAAUUCGACUGCUGUGAGGGCUUCUUUGGAGCCAUUGAUUCGAUAUGCGGAGCACCGGGUGCCAUUGGAAAGGCGAUUCACGACGCCUAUAUUAGCAUUAGCCACUGCCGGAAUGAGGAGACUCGCGGCAGAGGAUGCUGCAUUGGUGUUGGAGAAUAUCCGGCGUGUCGUGAAAGAGCAUGGAUUUUUGUACAGGGAGGAUUGGAUUCGGGUUUUGAGUGGGAAGGAAGAGGCGUAUUACGGUUGGGUGGCGCUGAAUUAUCGAAUGGGAGUGUUUGGGAGCACGUCGCGGGUGCCUACAUUGGGGCUUCUUGAUCUAGGAGGUUCGUCGUUGCAGGUUGUGGCGGAAGUUGAUGGUUCGAUUAAAGAUGAGCGUGUAUUUCGAGCGAAGAUAGGGCGUGUUCGGCGCGAUAUUGUGGCGUAUUCGUUGCCUGCCUUUGGUUUGAAUGAAGCGUUCGGUAGGAGUGUUGUGAUGCUGAGUCAUGGAGGAAGAACGUUCGAAGUUAGACAUCCGUGUCUUGGUUCUGGUUUCGCGCAAAAUUAUACGUGCUGGAGCUGUUUUGGUAUGGAUUCAGCCGAUUCGGAUGAACAUUUGUAUGUUGUUGGCGAACCGAAUUGGGAGCUUUGCAAAAGGAUCGCGAGGGCAGUAGCCAUUAAUUCGAGUAGUCCGGAUUUGUUUGAUCAAUACCGCGAUUCGAAGUGCCUCGGCUUGUUUUCUUAUGGAGGCAACACGACGUUGAAUAUAACGAGAAGUCUGCACUACGUCUCCCGUUACCACGCAAUGUCUGGAUUUUUCGCCAUCUACCGCGCGCUAAAUCUAAGCCAGACGUUGAAUCUGUCGACACUGUGGGAGUCAGGCGAGAACCUAUGCGCCAGAUCGGGGGAUAAUCCGAAAGGCUUCAACGGCCAAGAUUGUUUCCGAAUGCCCUACUUGGCAUCGCUUAUCGAAAACGCUCUCUGCCUAGCUGGCGUGGACAUAAUAUUCGGUCCCGGAGAUGUUUCUUGGACGUUAGGCGCUUCGCUUGUUGAAGCCGAGUUCUUAUGGCAUAAUCGGGACGCAUCGCCAAACAACAACUUGGUUCUGAAACGCGAUUUAAGGUUGUCUUCUUCGGUGUUUACAUUCGUCUUGCUUUCAUCGCUCCUCCUCGUCUUUUUUUUUCUGUCAAAUUAAGCUGCCAAUGGCGGGAAGAAAACCUGCAUCUAGGACAACAUUGCCAAAUUAUUUG